CGGUGACGUCGGUCCGUGACGCAGGUUCGCCCUCCAUCACUAGCCGAGCCCACUGACAGAAACACCACCUAGAGACGAAGGGAGCCCUCACGAUCCGUGGAAAUAUGUAGUUAGCGCGAGGGGUUCGGUAUAUUUCGACAACAGGAGGUUCGGUGGAGCGGAGCAGUUAUAUGGAAAGUUACCAUGGGUGGCCAUGAUGAUGAAGAUAUGCCAUAUGUUGUGAACAAGCAAAAGCAAGAUGAAGAGCUCAAAAACAAACUGAAUGACAGCAGCCACUGGUGCGACCAGGAGUCCACUGGUAACAAUGCCAAGUGGGUCAAAGAAGGCCAGAACCAGCUACGAAAAGUAGCUGAGAACCAGCAGGACCAGGACCACAACUGCAAUAUCAGCCAGAAUGGGAACAAAGAAGACUUCUCUCAUCAGAACACCACUCAGGAUGAACAACAGCGACACGAAGAGCAGACCAAGUCUCCCAAAAUAGCAAUGACCCCUGGUCUUAGUCAGGAGGAGUCGAAGAACUUACUUAAUGAGCCGCUACUCAUCGAUACCCUGGAGUCCACUGAAGAGAAAGAUAAGGAGCGAGAAGAGGAUGGUAAAGGCAAGGAAAAGACAUCGGAUGAUGACGAGGAGACAUCAGGCAACACCAGAGGCGAGAAAGUGGCUCACAGAGAGGGCACUGUUGUUGGGCGAAAUGCCUGCCUCCUCUUUUCCAACAUGAACGGGACACCAAGCGAAGAGGAGUCCAGCUGGACUGCGCUGUCUCAGGAUAACGCAGCUGACAGCUCUCCAAAUGGCAACAGAGAGUCCUUUUGGGACUCCAAUGCUUUCGAGACAGACACAGACCUGCCAUCAGGAUGGAUGCGAGUGCGAGAUACAUCAGGAACAUACUACUGGCACAUCCCCACAGGAACCACUCAGUGGGAGCCUCCUUCACCUCUUGGUAAAGUUGGAGACUCCAUGAUGUCCUCCAAUAUGUCUUUGGAGACCACUCCAUGUGAAGAACCUGAAGAAUCUUGGACUCAGCUUUCCAGUGCAGAAGAAGGAGCUGGUGAAGGGGAACUAUGGAAAGAGGAGGAAGAAGUUGCUUCUGAUCAGAGUCUGAAAGAGUUUGAAGGGGCAACUCUACGCUAUGCAUCCAUCAAUCUGAACUACAACUGCUCCCUGUCUGAGGAAGAAGAGAAGCUGGUUCCGUUCUCCACAGAAUUAGAAACAAAGUGUUUUGCUGUGCGCUCCUUGGGAUGGGUGGAGAUGUCAGAGGAGGACAUGGCACCUGGCAAGAGCAGCGUUGCUGUCAACAACUGCAUCAGGCAGCUCUCGUAUCACAAACACAACCUUCAUGACACUGCUGGUAUCUGGGGAGAGGGUAAGGACAUGUUGAUGGUUCUGGAGAAUGACACCAUGAAGUUGAUCGACCCUCUGGGCCAGACUCUGCUUCAUGCUCAGCCGAUUGGCAGCAUCCGUGUUUGGGGUGUUGGCAGAGAUAACGGCAGGGAUUUUGCCUACGUGGCCCGAGACAACCUGACCCAAGUUCUGAAGUGUCACGUUUUCCGCUGUGACUCACCUGCAAAGAAUAUUGCUACCAGCUUGCAUGAGAUGUGUUCAAAGAUCAUGAUAGAGAGGAAGGCGACUAGGCCCGGAGUAAGCAGGCUCAGCUCUGACUCAGGGAAACCUGUGGGCAUUCCCUAUGAAGAGUUUCCUGCUCCUAAAAAUGAACUCUUCCAGCGUUUCCAUGUUUAUUACCUUGGUUGUGUGCCUGUGGCUAAACCAGUAGGCAUGGAGGUAAUCAAUGAAGGACUAGCAGCAGCAAUGAAUGGCAAAGAUAAAAGUGACUGGACAAAAGUGUCUGUGAAUGUUGCACCAGCCACCCUGACAAUACUGUCAGAACAGAAUGAUGAGGUCCUGUCAGAGUGCAGGGUGCGUUUCCUGUCUUUCAUGGGCGUAGGGAGAGAUGUCCACACCUUCGCUUUCAUCAUGGCAGAAGGACCGCGAGAUUUCACCUGUCACAUGUUUUGGUGUGAGCCCAACGCUGCCAGUCUGAGUGAGGCCGUACAGGCUGCGUGCAUGCUUCGCUACCAGAAAUGUUUGGAUGCGCGUCCGCCCAGCCUGGCUUCCUGCCUGCCCACUCCUCCUGCUGAUUCUGUGGCUCGACGGGUCAGGAAAGGGGUCCAGACCCUGCUGGGCAGCUUUAGGAGCUACAGGUCAGGUUCUCAAUCCCCUUGAGUUGGAGCAUCGAUGAUCCACAGUCCAUUAAACACAGGCUCCUUCACAUCAGCUCCUCCUCACUCCCAUGUCUCCUUCGCAUCUCAUCUUACUGCCACAAUUUCGCCUUACGACCGUUUCACCUGUCUAACCAUUAGUCUAGUGUGUGCCGUAGUUUGUGGGGAAAUGUGUCUGAAAAGAUGCUUUAUACAAAAUUUGAACUCUUGGCAUCAAAUGUUUGUUUGCUUGGUAAUCUUUUGUGUUUCAGCAGAAACCGUGCUAUGAAUGUUGGUCAUGGAUGUAAUAUGUUUAACAUGCAGAUGCUAGAAUUUGCUUGAAAAACAAUGCUAUUGCUCCUACAGAAAUUCUCAUUUCCUUUUUUUUCUACCACUCUUCCUUUUUCACUGUCUACAGAAGGUGCUGUAAUGCAGUCAUCAGAUAGUGAAGCCAGUCAGAUAUCAUAGUGUGAUUUUCUAUACCAUGGUCACUCCUUUGCCGUUAUAGGUUUUAAUAAGCGCUGUAGGCGCCUUGGUAGUGUGCCACGUAGUUAUACGCCUCUGACGCCCCCCCACACGAUGUAUCUUAGUCUUCCAAAGAAUUGUAUGGUCAUCUGUCACAUAGUGAGUGACCACUGAUUUUGAGUGUAGUGUGUUUCUCAUACAUUCUGCAUGAACAUUUGCAAGUUCAGUGCUAGUGUGCAAUAAUCAGAUGUUCCUGUAUGGUGUGGUGAUUAGAUGGCUGCCGUGUGAUUAACUGUUCACUUUGAGAGUCUGAAUAUGUUACUAGUGAGUGCAAGGCUAAAGGAACAACAGAGCCAUGUUUAAAAUCAUUAUCGUGUGAUUGAAAUAGCGAUGAGAAGCAAACUCUGGGUUUUCACACGGCCGUUUACCACCAACAAACUACUGAACCGUACUGUAGAAACUCACCACAAGCUGCAUGUUUUGAUAGCUUAGAGUUCUUGCUGCUUGCGGCAGGUUAGUGCUUAAGACCCAUCAAUGUAUCCUGUAAACUCUUUGUGUUUCUGUGUGGUAAGACAAGGCUGGGGUUGACGUAUUGUUUCGUGUUACAUAGGCAUGUCACUCAAAUUGGUGUCUGUGUUUAUCAUGAGCUAGCAGUAGAGAGUUAGACUCGUGUCGGUUCCUUCAGACGACGGUUGAGAGCAGGUGUGCUUUUUUUUAGCCUGGGCAUAUUGGAAGCCUACAGGUUUUCCUCAGUGGUUUACAUUUUUAUUUUCUCUUGACCACAUUUCGGCGUGUGGUCCACGGUCGCUCCAGUCAAUGCAUUUUUAAAACUGUACACAGGUAAAAUGAAUUUCACACUAGCCUGUUUGAUUUUACGUUUUUAUAAAGAUCACACUAACUAAUCAAGUUGUAUUUUAUCUCUGUGUCUGUCAGUGACCAAUACUGUAUGUAGCACAAUAAUAAUAAUAAUAGUCUCUCUCAUAUUAAAGAUGCAGUUUGUAAGCUUUUUUUUUUUUCUGGACACGUCUCAGACUCUGGUAGCUAAUAUUAAAUUUCUACUGGUGAGAUUAAAAAGUCUGCAGUUAAACACUAAACCACAUUAUGUUGAGUAAGAAAAAAUUAUAGAUUAGAAAAGUAUAUUAUUUUAAAAUCUUUUAAAUGUUUUUGUUUGAUCUUUUCUGUAUUGCAAAAAGCUAAUAUCAUACGUGUUCUCAGAGUGCUAACAAAAUGACUUAAACAGGUGCAAUAUGUGACGCAUUAGCUCAAAAAAUAAUCACGUUUAAGUUUACAGGUGUGACACUGUUCUUUGAGGGGACAAACACCAAACUGUCAUGUGAGCAGGUGAUCCAUUAACCGGUUGUUGUCCAACCUUCAUGUUCAGACUCCCAUUAACGUGUUUAAUGUAGUAGAACACUUACCAACUGCCUCUUUAUCUAUGUUCAAUAUAACACUACUGAAUCUACACUGAGUCAUAUUACUGCCUUGUCACUCGUGUCACUUGGAAUUAUUGUGCUUUCUCUCCUUCAAAGUUUGUUGUGUCCAUUCAGUGGCAACAUUAAAGCCAGACCAAUUAAAGAACAUUAGCAGAUUAAUUUAUUUCUGUUCAUGUAAAUUAGGUGUAAAAAAAUGUAUGUAUAUAAAAGUCACUGCACAAUAAAUGUGAACAUAUCUUAA